UGUUCAGUUCUUGUGGUAAAUAAACUAGUAAAUGACUUCAUUGUAUUAAACUCCCAAUAUUGUGUCUUCCUUUGUAUAAAAGGUAUUUCAACUAACAUGAACGACAACUGUUAAUGUGUCGUCUGCAAACAAAUCUGACUUAUUAGAUGUCUGCUAUUUGAUGGAAACUUGUUGGAUUUUACAUUCUAAAUAUUUCUGUUAUCGAAGUGAUUUAUGAGUGAACCUUUAGCUAGCGCUGUGAUGACGGUAGAUUUUGAAGUACUUGUUUAUUAAUAGUAUAGACUAUAUUGAAGGACCUAGCUCUUUUAAACUUGUUGUGCUGCGUAAUCUGUUUCCAAUUAUUCCUUAUUACUAUAUACACUUUACGAGAAGCACACACCCUUGGUUAUCAUCAGAUAACGAAGUGAAAGAGGAAGUCAAAACGUGUGGCUCCUGGAGAAUCCGGUCUUUCCGAGGAUUGCAAAAAUGUGACUCCAAAAACCUGGCUAUCACUGUGUCGUGGUUUUGAUGAAAUGGAUGUAAGUAAAGGGUCAAGAACUGGAAGUAUCUCAAAGUCAAGAGCAACAUUUCAGGAAGAUAAAAAGCUAGGAAGAUCACAACCAGGAAACGCUUUCAGUAGCAACCAUGCUACAACAUCCAACAGUACAAGUGAAAGAGACAAUCCAUCGGCGGGUAGCACAAGCAAAAGAAACAGUAAACUAAACAUUCCAGCUGCAUUUUUGGCAGACAAACAAGAACCAGCCAUGAAUAGACCAUCAGUUCCAAAGAAAACUGUGACAAAUCAUGUAGAGGACACCAAACCUAGUUUUACUCCUAAACCGGCAUUAAAACCUAAAAUUCCAACGGACAAAGAGAGCAGUGUAGCUACAAUUCUGAGGAGUAUUAAAAAUGCUGAAAACAACAAAUUGUCAGAAAAUGGUGAUGUUUCAAACUCUGAAAAUGCUGAUAAAAGUGAAACAGCACAGCCGAAACGUUUGAACCCAUUUUUAGCAAGAGAUUUGGAAAAUAAAAGUGAUUUGGCACACAAGCCAGCCACUCCUGUUAAAUCACCAAAACCCAUUUCAGAAAAACCAGUUCCACCAUGGAAAGUCGGAAAGUCUGCAGAAUCUGAAAAACCUACUCCACCAUGGAAGGCUCCAAAACCAGAAUCAGACUCUGAAAAACCAGUGCCUCCUUGGAAGACUAAAACUCAAAACCAGAAGGAUGAACAAAAUGAUAAAAAAAUUGAGAAUGUACCACCAUGGAAAGUAAGACUGGAGAGUAAAAAGUCAUCUGAGGAAUCCAGUGGUGUGUCGGAGGAAAAACCUUUGCCUUUAUGGAAGCAGAAGAAUCUCCAAAAUAAGCCAGAGCCAUUGAGCAAACCAGAAGCAAAUAAGAUUGAACCUCAUGCUCCCUCAAGGAAAGUAAAACCUGAACCAGUUCCAAAAGACGAGGACAAACCCCCUCCUGUGAGCAGACUUAAAAGUAGUCCUUUCUUGGCAAAUCAGUCAGAAUUAUCUAAAGUAAUAGGAGGAUUGAAGAGAGCAAGCAGUAGUAGUGACGAACCGCCACCUGUGUUGAGGAACUUAAAACACAAAAAGUCGGUUGUUCGGAAAUCUUUAACAAGGCACUUUGACCAGAAAAAGUUUUAUGCUGUAGACAUAAAAACUGUAGAGGUGAACGAAAAAGCACCUCCCAAACCAGCAAAAUUGUUUGGUGCCAUAAAUAUAGAAAGUAUAGUAGAAAAAUACAAAGCCAGCCUUACAACACAAUCAGAGGAUAAAGCUGAGUCUUUACCAGACACAGACGUGAUUGAGGAGCUUGAGCAAGAUGAACUUUAUGAGGAACUUCCUGAGGAGCCUGUAUCAAGGAGGCCCAAAUCUGCAGGACAGGGAAGUUCCAGGGCCUCGAAGACAGUCUCUCUGAUACCAGAUAUGGCUUCUGAUGAGGAGGAAGAAGAGUAUGAUGACACUGCCAAUAUGUUAGAUCUCCCUCAGCUUCCUCCUCCCCCUCAGGUGAACCUCAUGUCUCUUCCUCCUCCCCCUCAAGUGGGCCUCACAUCUCUUCCUCCACCACCAGACAUUCCAUCCAGGGGAAGGCCACCACCUCCACAAAUACCAUCGAUAUCGGAUGCUCACAAUGACAUUGAACAGGAGGAAUACCAGGAUGCAGAGGCAGGGGAUAUUGAAGAAGAGGAAUUGGAACAGGAUGAUGUGUAUGAGCCUCUAGAUGAUAUUCAGGAGGAGAUGGACAAGAAAGAAGAAGAAGAAAAGAGAAGACUUCAAGAGGAGAAGAGGACUGAGAAAGAAAGAAAAGAAAAAGAAGAAAGAGAGAAAAAGGAAGAACAGAAAAGAUUAAAGGAGGAAAAGAAAAGACAGGAAGAGGAAAAGAAACGACAAGAGAAAGAAAUGAAAGCCCUAAAGAAAAAGUUCCGUAUUCAGCCAUCAGACCUUGAACAUCCACAAGGUGAGGGUGACAUCAAGGAAGACGACAAAGGAGGCAAAAACAGUCUGGAGGUCAGAAAGGGCACAAGAGUUCAGUUAAUCCGUCUAACUGACAAUCCAAAAGGAAAAUGGCUUGUGAAAUUGUCAGCCACAGAACAAGCAACUUCAAAUUACAGACAUUAUGUUGGAUAUGUAGAUUCCAGCAAUGUAGAAGUGGAUAACACCCUCAUUAAAUCGGUAAUGGCAGGUGAUUAUAUGAACAAUCUACCUGCUCCUCCCCCUGAACUUCUACUGGAUGAUGGUGAGGAAUAUGCUGAUGCAGAUAUUGGCCCUCCAGAAGCUGAUGGUAUAUUACAUGCCUUCUUUAUUUUAAUUUGUUGAGAUUAUCAUUUUAUUGCUUUUUCUCUUGGUAAUUAAACAGUGAAUUUUAUUCAAUUGUUUUGAAAAGCCUUUUGAAAUUUGACAGGUCUAUUGUACAAUAAUUGUAAUAUUUUUAUAGAGCUGUAUGAGGCAGUGUAGAGAGAGUCUGCUGGUUCCAACUUCAAUAAAUUCUCUACUUAAAAAAUUGCUGACUUCUUUAGAAGAAACAGAGAGACAUGCACACCAUGGGAAAGGCGAUAUUACCCAUUGAAGACUAUUUUUGUCCAACCAAGUGAUUAUUCCACUGGUUUGGGAAUAAUUUGGACACUGGUCAUGAUAAGAGGCUUGCCUCUUUACCUUAUUACAUUCCACUUAUCUUGUACCAUUCACAUUGUGUAUCUACUGUCUUUGCAUUGAUGUAUAACAACUACUCAUUACAUCUCCAUAUUGCCAGUACCACAUAUUUCCCAGGUUUAGCGCAUCUUUAAACCUUUUUGGUUUUUCUUAUUUAUUUUUCGUAAAGUAUGCAUAAUAAUCUAAGUUUUGAUGUGUUAAAGCUGUCAGGUUCAAAUCUCUAUUCGAAUGGAAUUUAGAAAUGUCUCCGAAUGGGGACUUAACAGUUACUAGUUUCUGUCUGGCAGUUCUUACAAUACAUGUAAUGCAAUUUGCACAAAUCUAGUCAUGCACCUUUUUUCUCUGUUUUUAUAAUAAUUAAACAGUAAGCACAUACAUAUAUUUAAUAUAAUAAUAAUCUGCAUAAUCAUUCCUACGAUUUAUUCCACGUUAUGUCUAUAUACAUGCCACAUGGAAUGGAAAGUGAUGGAAAAUUGGAAGUCACCAAAAGUAUUGCCAUUCCUACUUGCUAUUUUGUAGCUAUUACCAAGAUUCAUGACCAGUCCUAGAAAAAUUCUGUGGUAUUUUGUCCUGCAUAGUUCCCAUACAAAGGCUUUUGUUUCUUGGUUGUAUAAGUGAACCCAAAACAUGCUCAACACAGCAACUGCUUUUGUCACCGCUGUGUCACUGUGAUGUGUUUGUAGCUCAAAUUUGUUACAACCUUUUAUUUCCUUUUUAUGUACAUUUACAUUUGUUACUUUUAAUAUUUGUACAAGAAACAACUGCUUAAUAAGUACUGCAUUGCAAAGUAAUGUCAUAAAACUUUCCCUCAAUUCCAUUUUCUUACCAGUUGAAAUAAAUUUCAUUUUUAAAAAUACAUGAGGGUAUGAUUUGCAACACUUCACACCUGCAUAUAUCUUCAUGAAGUGUGUUGGUGCUUCAUGAAAAGUAUGCCAGCAUUAAGUGUUGGCGAUUCAUAACCUCAUGUAUUUUUCUUAUAUUUACAUUCUACUUUCAUUUCUGUUGGAAUUCCCAGUCGUUAAAAAUAGACAUACUAUAUUUAUUCAGAUUCAUACGCACAUUGUUCACAACUUCAACGCAUUCAUGUGAAAACGGCUAUCAUUACAAUUUGUAAAGAUGUAAAUAUUUUCAAAUAUUGACCUUUUCUUCGAAUUACAUUGGAAUAAUACACAUGGUUGAAAAAGAUUUACCGGGUAGUUGCUCAUAUAUAUUCUCUUUUUAAAAGGACAAUCUUUGCUGAUUUAGAUAACUGUUCCAUUACUAAAUACUGCCUCCAUUACUAAAUACUGCCAACUUCCUUUGCUUUUAUUCUAUUUUAUAAUAGAGAUUUUACUGCUUUAUAUGUUUAAAACUUGACUUUCAUGUAUGCUGGAUUUCAUUAUGAAAAAGAAAUAAAGCUAGAUAUGUAUAACAAA